AUGGAACUUCCAGACCUCUCCCGCGUCUUCCUCGCCCUCACCUCCCUCUUGACCACAUACCUCACCCUCUGCUGCCUCACGCCCCCCAACCCCCCGCCGAUCUCCCGGACCAAAGACCGCGUCGUCCCCUUCGGCAGCGGCAGCCUCCUACUCUGUCGCCGCCUCGCCUUCGGUCUCCUCGGCCUCUGCCACGCCAUCCUGAUACUCAACCCGACCUCGCCACCGUCGAAGCUCUGCCCGAACCCGUCCAACCUCAACCCGUCGCUCUUCAGCUGGUCGACCCACGCGGUCGUCUGCCUCGGCCUGCUCUUGAUCGCGGCCCCCGUGCGCCUCCUCGCGUUCCGGCAGCUCGGCCAGGACUUCACCUUUGUGCUCGCCAAGCCCCGCGGCCUGGUGACGAGCGGGCUGUACCGGUAUGCCCAGCAUCCGUCAUACACGGCGAGUGUCGUCGUCAUCGUGGCGAACGGGUUCAUGUUCGAGCGGCCGGACGGGGCGGCUGGGUGCUGGAUGAGUCGUGCUGUGGCGCAGAGCGCGUGGUGGAAUGAUGUAAGAGCUGUUGUGGUGGUUGUCGGGGCCUGUAUGAUCAUGAUGAGGGUCGCGGAUGAGGAGAGGAUGCUGAAGGAUGCGCUUGGGAGGGAGUGGGAGGAGUGGCAUGGAAAGACGAAGAGGUUCGUGCCGGGCUUGUUCUGA